UUGCAAUAUUAUCAGAAAAUGGAAGUAGAUAGUGAUUACAUUGUAAAAGAAUUAUAUGGAGGUGCCCUCACAGUUGAAUUGCCUAACGAUUUCAAAGAUCUCAGCGAUAUAAUGCCUAUUGAAGACAAUCAAGAAGUCUUCACUGAUAUGAAAUAUGAUGCCAAGCUCAUCAUUGAGAUCUUGGAAUGUCUUGACUCCAAUGACGAAACUGCACUCAACUCUAAUUUCAAAGAGCUAGCUGAGACCCAGAGCGCUACAAACACAUCCAUCGAAAAAUGAGGCCUCGACAUUUCAGUAGCCCCUAAAAUAAAGUCCUCAAACAUCAUAAAAUCCUAUUUAAAAGGCACUCAGCACAUAAUCCCUUCCAAAAUCCCCACUGACGAUCGUGAAGAAGUAACUUUAUUCAUGCUCCACCUCAGAUUAAAGGACCAUGAUGCCGACAUCCUGGUCACCUUAAACGUGCCUAAGAAGCCAACUGCCACUACUCCUUACGAAGAAGUUGUGAGUUACCACACAGAUGUAUUCGAGAAUCUUAAUAAAAGUAUUGAGGUCAAGGACCUCAGCAUUUUGUUCGGCUAGUCGGAGAAUUUCAAUCUG